AGAGAGCAAGCACAAUGGACAACGGGUGGCCAGUUGUCAGGGUGCCUCGGUGGGGCCAACGGACCGCUCUGGGUCCCUCGGUGUUGGACGUGUCCCAUCCACCAGGCUGCUCUCGGCAGGACCCCUGGGCCCGAUUCCGCACCUCGAUUGAUUGGGUGGGGUCCUCAGCCUCUGCGCCGAACAGGACAAAACAAAAGAGGAGAGGAGAGCUGGAGGAGGCGGCAGACCUCAGUGAGCGCUUUCAACUCAACCGCUUGCGCCGAGUAAUGAGAAGGGAGCGGCGAGGAACCCACACAACAGGUGUUCACAUGGUCCAGGCGAUCUCUGAUCGUAAAUGGGAUGAUGAGACUGCUGAGUUAGAUGGUUUGCAACACAUCCGUUACAACGGAGAAGACUUCCUGUCAUUUGAGUUGGAGACAAUGAGAUGGAUCACUGUUCAACCACAAGCUCUCGUCACCAAACACAGGUUGGACCAAGGGGACAUGUUGAACCAAUACAGGAAGCAUUACUUCACUGAGCUUUGUCCUUAUUGGUUGAAUAAGUUUGUGAAAAAUGCAAAGGACUUCCUCCUGAGAACAGCUUCCCAAGGUGUCUCUUCUCCAGAAGACAUCGUCCUCUCCGGUCACCUGCCUCGCGACAGGUUUCUACCCCUACAAAGCCGACCUUUUCUGGAGGAAGGACGGCGAGCAGCUCCACGAGGGCGUAGAGAUGGGCGAGAUGCUCCCCAACCACGAUGGAACCUUCCAGACGACAGCCCACCUGAAAGUGGAGGUGACGGCCGACGUGGAGAGCACAAUGAAUGUGUGUUCCGACUGUCCGGCAUGAAGGACGACAUCGUCACCAAGCUGGAGAGAAGAAGCAUCCUCACUUUCUCCCUAAUACAGAGAAUAACAGAAAGACUUUUAAAUUCAUAAUUAAAUGAAAAUGUUCUUGUACAGCUUAGUUGAGUUGUGUUCCUCGGCCCUCAGUACUGAACUGUGGGAGAGCCAUACAUGGGCUAAUUCAAUUAUAAGCGAGCAACUCCCAUAUGUCCGGUUUGAAAGCCGGCAGCACUCGCCCCCAAGAUGGCGGCAAAGCACUUUUUUUCUAUCAGACAGGUUGUGCUCUGACGAAAUGAAGCUCAUCUUCUCACCUCAACGUAGUUCCUUCGCCCCACGAUGCCACGGGAUGGCGCCAAAGCAAUAUUUUUAUAUUAGCUAUGGUUUUGAUCAGAUCAAAAACAGCGAAUUACGGAGGAUAUGUUCCCGCAAAAAACACAUCUCUCACUGUGUUUGCACUCCCGCAGCUGUUGACACUGAUUCCGAGCUCACGUCUAACCCCAUUUCCGAGUUGGCUUCUGAGACUGUUUCAGAGUGAGACACAGGAACCUUCACAUUCUGAGUUAGCUCACACAGAGGCCACAUGCUCUGGACUCUUUCAAGGUGGAUUCAUGUGCUCUAAUCGCUAUGCUCGUCUUCCUCCAGGUGUUGGAACACAAGAGGAUAUUGCCACGUAAACGCUUUCUCAUCAUACUUGGAUUUGAAAACAGAGAUGGAAUUUGUUCUUCAUGGAGAUGAUUGUGCAAUUACAAUGUUUCUGUUAAGUUCACGCUCAAAGGCUUUUGCUGGUUUUGGUGUAUUGGAGGAGAUUUGUUUUAAUUCAUCGGGUUGCUUUCUUCUGUCUGCUAAAUUUGUAAGAAAUCAUCACAAUAACACCGUUAUCUCUGCAAUAUACUUAUAUAAUCCUGUUCUUGAUUUUAUCAAACAACUCUGUCAAAGCAUACUUUUGUCAAAAUGUGACAAUGUUGUUGAUCGCAGUUGUUAUUUAAACUUUAGUUGGACAUAUUCAACCAAUAGAUUGAUGAUCAAUGACAAAAAUGCAAAAUGGAGUGCACUCCUUGGCUGCUGCCAGCCGAGGUGCUGAUGAGUCACGCUCAACAAGUUUACUGUCGAUAGAAGUUCAGCAUGACAUCAGCUAUAGGAAGUUGAGCGACGCACACGUCCACGAUGGCACAACUCCAAUUCUGAUCAAUAUAUAUUUUUUAAUAUGAUGUAGUGACCCCCCACAACUGAUAAAACUGCAUUCUCCCAAGUCGCCUCACUGUGCGAGACGGCCACUAAAGGAUGCCUGCUGGACUUGAAACUAAUUACCAGCUUCUCGGCGAAUCUGGAUUCCUGUCAUCAAAGACCCCUUUGAUCUGCAGCACUCAAGAUAGUGGCCAAAAGGUUGGGAUGACUUUUCACAUGUGAGGCACAUUGUGACUUGCAGUUCGAAUGAUCAACACGACACAUUUGUCAGCAGCAGCGCACGAAACGACUUGUGGUGCAAUUGAAGACAACUUUCCACAGCAGAAGACCUGAUGCAACCUGCGGCCGUGGGGGAUCAGCGUCUGGCGGCCUGACAGAUUUGGUGGUCAACUUUGGGGAAAGCGUCCUGACACUCGAGCGCCUGUCUUCAUUUGUCUUUACGGUGCCGUGACGCAAAAUCCAAUUGCGAGCAACAAAUCUGAAAUUGUCUCACUUGAGCCGUGCAGUGUAAAUCCAGCCUAAAUCAUAAGAGAUGGACCCGUGUACGUCUCGGACGAACUUCCCCAGCCGCCGCUGCCAUUAAAACAAUUCCUUUUGUACCAUGUCGUAACAAAACUCUCGUAUCUCAAGUCAUCUUUUUUCCAUUGUGAAAUUCCGUCCCAGCCACCCAAAAACAGCAUCGAAAUAAAAGAGCGCUUCUACUGUGCAAAAUACAGUAAUCCCCAUUAUAUCGAACGCACAGAACUCAAAGGCUUCAGCUCACAUGUUUCAUGCUUUCAUUUCGGGCUCACCGCCAUUUUUGAAACUGAGAGCUGCGACUGAUGAAUGCGAACGGCUACCAGUUUAAAGCACACUUCUGAAAGAACAAACAAUUUGGACUCAGGAAUUCCAUUCGUUCCGUGACCAGAAUUGCAUAUCGCAGGUGUCAAAAGCAUCCCUUUUCAGGACGCCCCCCGCGCCCCCACCCCCAAAAAAGGCCUGUUUGUUGCACCUUUAACAUUGCAUGUCAAAGAGAGCAAACCAUCAGCACUUUAGAUUGUUCAAUAAUUUGUAAAAAUAAAAAAAAAAGACACAAAAAAUAAUCAUUGUAUAAAAACAAUAAAAGACUGGUUUCAUAUAUUGUGAUUCGCUUCCAUCACUUGAACAUCACUUAAUCAAACCCGGAAAACUGCGUCUUCUACGCUAACGAGCAGAACUACGCUUUGAUUACAAAAGAGAAAGUGGGGCAGUGAAGCCACCAGUUUAACCAGUAAGUAUGUCUCAGUAUUUUUAUUUGAUA